GGCAUCUACAAGGAGCGGAGGAAAUCCAGUGCUCGACAUUACCUAUGGUAAAAGUUUCCCCGGGGAAUCCAACUUCGGUAUAUAUCGCUAAUAUCAAUGAGACAACGAAAUAUAUAAAAGAAAAAUCGAACAAAAUCGAAGAAUUACUCUGGGACAAUAGAUAAUGAUGGAUGGAUAGUUUUCUAACGCGGAAUUUCCCGUUGUGCGACUUUCCUAUGACUAUUUCUCAUUAGGGCCACCACUGAAUGAAGAAAUAAUGCUUCCUGUUGUCUCUUACGUGGAUAGUUGUUGUGUUUAACAACGCUAAUUUUGGAAGCGUUGACGCGUUUAUCGAAUAUGAGCCUAUUUAUAGGGGACUGGAAUAAGUUUGUCAGGUAUUAGCUGUUGCAACCGGGUAGGAAUCUCUCUUCUCCCCGAAGAGUGGAUGUAUGUGAGAUGAUAAUUCCACAUUAGGACUAUAGUUGCCAAAAAGCAGAGACAUUUAGACACACCGCUGGUCCGGACUACGGUAUGUAUCUGUGAGUUGACCCGAUAUAUAACGGCAACUGUUUCGGCCGUAUUCAUACGGAGGGGGUCGUUAAUGGAGCUUCAUAGUGGGACCCGCUAGGAUGGACGUGGUUGAUGAAACCGAAGCGUUACAGAGAUUUUUUGAAGGUCAUGAUAUUACCAGCUCCUUGGAGCCAGCGAACAUUGACACCAGUAUUCUGGAGGACUACAUCAGUAAGGAGGACGACAGCACUGACAUCUGUUUUUCUGAGGUCCAUAGCGGUGCCCCAGGGCCUAACUCUUACUCAUCACCCCAAGCCGGAGUUUCCUCUUCUGGGGGUGGUUUGCAGUGUGGCGUGAACCCCCCUAUCCCCCUCCGUCAGGGAAACCCCCACUCCCUCCCCCAGCCCUGCCAAACCCCCUACCCCCCAACCCUGGGCCUGCUGAGACACAACAACUACCCCUGCCUGGGGCAACACAACCACCAGCAGAACCACCAGCAGCAGCAGGACCACAUCAAGCCUGAACACAGAGGACACUACGCACCAGGGACGCUCCCAGAGUCCCCCCCAGACUCCAGCUCUGAGCCAUACUCUCCUCAGCAGGUCAAUGACACUCACAUGCUGAGGACCAUGACACCAGAGAACAUGUGUCACAUGACCUCACCGCCACUCCCCCCGCACGGCCAUGGCUAUCCAAACAUGCACCGGGACAUGUACCUAAAGCCUGAGCCAAUGAUCUCGCAGUACCCCAUUGGUCCUACCUCCAGUGGGAGUUGCCAGGACCUGCAACAGAGCCAGAUGCUGCAUCAACUAUUGCAACACCCACAACAGGGACAAGAUGGGAUAGCAGUCCACCAGGCAAAGAAGAGGAAACAUGCUGACGGUCCUGACAGCACCCUGAACUCUCAGAUCCUCACAGGUAUCAUCAAACAAGAGCCAGUAGACAUUGUUUCUGGCCCAGGUUUGAUGGCGGAUGCUGAUAACUCCUACCUGGACCCUAACUAUCAGUGUAUAAAAUGGCAGCCGCACCAGCAGAACAAGUGGACACCGUUGUAUGACGUCAACUGCAAAGAGCUCCCAAUGCCCACCUAUCGCGUCGACGCUGAUAAAGGUUUUAACUUCUCCCUGGCGGACGACGCCUUCGUAUGUCAGAAGAAAAAUCACUUCCAGGUCACCGUGUACUGCGGCAUGCUGGGAGAUCCCAAGUACAUCAAGACCAGCGAUGGCCUCCAGCCUAUCGACUGCUUCUACCUCAAACUCAAUGGGGUUAAGCUGGAAGCCAUGAACCAGUCCAUCAACGUGGAGCAGUCCCAGUCAGACCGCAGCAAGAGACCCUUCAAACCAGUACUAGUGACACUGCCCCCGGAGCAGGUUACCAAGGUAACAGUGGGACGACUACACUUCAGUGAGACCACAGCCAAUAACAUGAGGAAGAAAGGCAAACCCAACCCUGAUCAGAGGUACUUCAUGUUGGUGGUAGCGUUGCAGGCCCAGGCCCAGACCCAGACCCACAGUCAGAGCUUCACGGUGGCCGCGCAGGUGUCCGAGAGGAUCAUCGUCAGGGUAACCUCUGCGUCCAACCCGGGUCAGUUUGAGAGUGACAGUGAGGUGCUGUGGCAGCGCGGCCAGCUACCUGACUCAGUGUACCACCACGGCCGGGUCGGGAUCAACACCGACCGGCCAGACGAGGCCAUGGUCAUCCACGGUAACCUGAAGGUCAUGGGGUCACUGGUGCACCCGUCCGAUAUACGGGCUAAAGAGAACGUCCACGAGGUAAACACUACAGACAACCUGAAGCGGAUCAGUCAGAUGAGGCUGGUUCAUUAUCAGUACAAGCCUGAGUUUGCUUGCAGCAUGGGCAUAGACACCAGCCCAGAGACUGGAGUGAUUGCUCAGGACGUGCAGCAGAUUCUGCCUGAAGCCGUGAAGGAGGGAGGAGACAUCAUCUGUUCCAAUGGAGAGACCAUCCCUAAACUUCUGGUGGUCAACAAGGACCGUAUCUUCAUGGAGAACGUCGGUGCAGUGAAGGAGCUGUGUAAACUGACUGACAACCUGGAGACUCGUAUAGAUGAGCUGGAGCGCUGGAGCAGGAAGCUGGCCAAACUCCGCCGUCUGGACAGCAUGAAGAGUACCGUCAGCGGAGGCACCACCAGCCAAUCAGGGAGCCAGUUCAGCAGGACAGGAAGUGGUCCCCCAAUGAAGUUCAGGAAGACAGUGAAACCUGGGAAUAAGAGUGCGACUCCAGAGCAGGGCUGUAUCAGUCACAGGUUCAUGCAGGGAACCAUUCUGGCUCUGGUCGUCGUCAUGACCUUCAGUGUCAUCUCCAUGUCUGUACUCUAUGUGUUAACACUGCACCACAGAGGGGACGUCAUUGAGAAAGAUGUGUCUGCAGAGGGAUCAUCUAGGAUGGCCUCUGCUCCUCGAUCCACCAUCUCCACGCGUCAAGAUACAGUCCCACCCUCUCCUUCACUGGCCAAUCCUGCAGCUUGCUGUCCACCUACAACUGCCACAAACAACCAAUCAGCAACUACUCUGUCGCCAAGCAACAACCAGUCAACACUGGAAGUGAGUAGUCCAGUCCCUACACUGCGCAGCAUCAACAAGAAGGCCAAGUCCAGGCCUGUGGACAAGGACGGACGCUACCGGAACCGUCUCAGCCACACCUCCGCCCCCAUCUACCUGUCCAAGGCUAAGAGACCUGCCCCUGCACAGGUCCUGGGGGGUGUAGGGGGAGUGGGGGGGGUCAACAACCGGCUGCCUGGACCGGGUGGGCCUGAAGACCAGCAGACACUGCCCCAGCCUCAGAGACAACGCAGGGACAACACACACAUCAGCACGGAGGAGGAAACAGGUGGAAGAUCGUCCCCUUCCCUUAUAGAUCUGCACAUCCUGGAGACAAACCAACACAUUUCAUCACACAACUGUCCCCACGCUGACAGCUGCAGCUAUUCAGUAUCACUCCAAGGAACCAGGAACUCCUCCAUGUCACAAAUCACUCUACACAUGAGAUCCAGCGUCAGUGUGUGGGUCAAGCAGUGUGCAGUCACCAGAGGACGUCUGUGUCCCGACCACAGAGAGACAGAGCUCUACGCUGGAGAAAGGACAGCUACUGAGGGGACAGAUCACCUGUGGUCAGUAUCUGUCCUGUCAUUCCAGGACGUUGCCUAUCACUUCAGAGUGGCCAAGUCUAGUGAAGUGAGGUGUGGCGUAGAGGAGAAGAACGGAUCUACCACACCGCCACACUCUGACUUCUACUUCCUCAUACAAAGCAGCUGCACGUGAGAGGAGAGGAAACUAAGCAUGCAAACUAGUAUUCUGCUUUGAACAUUUCCCAUGACUGACCCAGGGUUUCUUAACUACGACACCUCCUAUCCCAUCUCUCUCCUCUCUCCUCUCUCCUCUCUCCUCUCUCCUCUCUCCUCUCUCCUCUCUCCUCUCUCCUCUCUCUCUGGCUCUGUCCUUCCAAUAGGGGAUCGAAAAACUAUUUGUUCUGCUCUCAAACUUAUGAGAGAGGCAUGAGUGUGGAACUGUAUCCACCCAAGCUCCUAUGCCGUAUAUGAUGUGAUACGCAUGUCUAUCAUGAUGAUUUACAGGGCAUUCGGGAAUGUAUUCAGACUUUUUCCAGAUUUUGUUACGUUACAACCUUAUUAAAAAAAUAUAUAUAUAUUUUGCGUUGUCUUGCCUGUGUGCUUAGGGUCGUUGUCCUUUUGGAAGGUGAACCUUCGCCCCCUGUCUUUGGUCCUGAGCACUCUGGGGAAGGUUUUCAUCAAGGAUCUCUCUGAACUUUGCUCCGUUCAUCUUCCCUCGAUCCUGCCUAGUCUCCCAGUUCCUGCUACUUAAAAACAUCCCCACAGCAUAAUGCUGCCACCACCAUGCUUCCCCAGUAGGGAUGGUGUCAGGUUUCCUCCCGACAUGACGCUUGGCAUUCAGGCCAAAGAUCUUGGUUUCAUCAGACCAGAGAAGGAUGAUCAAUGGAAACAGGAUGUACCUGAACUUUAGAGUCUCAUAGCAAAGGGUCUGAAUACUCAUGUAAAUAAGGUAUUUCUGUUUUUGUUUCUUUUAAACUUUUGCAAAAAAAUCUAAAAACCUGUUUCGUCAUUGUGUGGUAUUGUGUACAGAUUAAUGACGGGGGAAAAAAUGAUUUAAUCCAUUUUAGAAUAAGGUUUUAACGUAACAAAAUGUGGAAAAAGUCAAGGGGUGUGAAUACUUUCUGAAUGCACUGUAUAUUAUGUCUUAAUAACUAUUUUUUUUUUUGCCAAUUUAUAGCAUCCUUACACAUUUUACUGAACUGGUUUUCUUAUCUACACUCUAACAUUUCCUAAUGACUGAAAACAAAACCUUGUUUUGAACUAAUGGUUUAAUGUUUAAUGGAAAUUCCAUUUGGUUCUAGAACACUGUCUUAGUCCCAAAUAGAACCCCAUUCCCUCUAUUGUGUACUAAAUAGGGAAUAGGGUACCAUUGGGGACGCAGGCUGUGCCUCAGCAAAUAAUAAGGGGCGUCAUGUUCACAGCUGAUCUCAGCUGAUUUAGACCAGGGCCCUAUAGAACCCUAUUCCCUAUAUAGUGCACUACUAUAGACCAAAGCCCUAUUGAACCCUAUUCCCUAUAUAGUGCACUACUUUAGACCAGAGCCCUAUAGAACCCUAUUCCCUAUAUAGUAGCACUACUUUAGACCAGAGCCCUAUAGAACCCUAUUCCCUAUAUAGUGCACUACUAUAGACCAGAGCCCUAUAGAACCCUAUUCCCUAUAUAGUGCACUACUUUAGACCAGAGCCCUAUAGAACCCUAUUCCCUAUAUAGUGCACUACUAUAGACCAGAGCCCUAUAGAACCAUAUUCCCUAUAUAGUGCACUACUAUAGACCAGAGCCCUAUAGAACCAUAUUCCCUAUAUAGUGCACUACUAUAGACCAGAGCCUUAUAGAACCCUAUUCCCUAUAUAGUACACUACUUUAGACCAGAGCCCUAUAGAACCCUAUGCCCUAUAUAGUACACUGCUUUAGACCAGAGCCCUAUAGAACCCUAUUCCCUAUAUAGUGCACUACUUGCGCUGCGUACGUAGUGUAUAAAUGUGUCGUAACAGAUAAGCUACUGGUCGCUGGGAUGUGUUUUCAGCAACAUCAGCUUGUUUUUGGUGAUGAUGGAUCUAUACAGGUAGCUAGUUGAUCCACGAAGGCCAAUGUUAUAUAAAGAAACACAUUUUAAUUUGAAAUGCAUUGAUUCACAGGAGUAAAUACAUUUUAUAUCUACAAGGAAUGACUCACCAUGAUAAGACUAGAUAUACACUCAGAUAACUGGGAACACAAUGCUGAGGAUAAACACUGUACACUGUAUAAGAACCAUAUCUUUCUAAAUACACAGUAUGGCUCUGCAAUGUAUGAUCUCAGCAGCACAGCUACACUGUAUAAUCUGGAACACUGUACUGGAACCAUAGAGUUAGAAUAACUCUAAUUAUAUGACUGGAUGGAACACUGUAUAUACACUGUAUGAUCUGGAACACUGUAUAUACACUAUGAUCUGGAACACUGUAUGAUCUGGAACACUGUAUGAUCUGGAACACUGUAUAUACACUGUACGACCUGGAACACUGUAUGAUCUGGAACACUGUAUGAUCUGGAACACUGUAUGAUCUGGAACACUGUAUAUACAAUGUAUGAUCUGGAACACUGUAUAUACACUAUGAUCUGGAACACUGUAUAUACACUAUGAUCUGGAACACUGUAUAAUCUGGAACACUGUAUGAUCUGGAACACUGUAUAUACACUGUAUGAUCUGGAACACUGUAUGAUCUGGAACACUGUAUGAUCUGGAACACUGUAUAUACACUGUAUGAUCUGGAACACUGUAUAUACACUAUGAUCUGGAACACUGUAUAUACACUAUGAUCUGGAACACUGUAUGAUCUGGAACACUGUAUGAUCUGGAACACUGUAUGAUCUGGAACAUUGUAUAUACACUGUAUGAUCUGGAACACUGUAUGAUCUGGAACACUGUAUAUAUACUGUAUGAUCUGGAACACUGUAUAUACACUGUAUGAUCUGGAACACUGUAUAUACACUGUAUGAUCUGGAACAUUGUAUGAUCUGGAACAUUGUAUAUACACUGUAUGAUCUGGAACACUGUAUGAUCUGGAACACUGUAUGAUCUGGAACACUGUAUGAUCUGGAACAUUGUAUAUACACUGUAUGAUCUGGAACACUGUAUGAUCUGGAACACUGUAUAUAUACUGUAUGAUCUGGAACACUGUAUAUACACUGUAUGAUCUGGAACACUGUAUAUACACUGUAUGAUCUGGAACAUUGUAUGGUCUCAGAAGCUGAUAACUGCAUUAAUUGUUCAGGUCCAACACUGACUAUAUGUUUGAAGAACAAUGAAAAUACAUUUUACGCUGUAACUCGCCCACUGGAAACUUAGUACACGGUAACUCACUCACUGGACCACUAGCAAAUACUACAUUUGUGUUUAUGACAAAGUACUUUCUUAGCAACAUGUAUGUUAACUUUAUAUGCUUGAAUUGUAGAAGAUUGGCGAUUUCUUUCAGCUCUCGAUGAUGAUGUUGAUAACCCACACAAAUAUCAACAUCUGAAUGGUGUUUGUUAAACCACUGGUGCCUUAUCUUUCUCUACGAGAAGGUUGGCUUAUCUCAAGACAGAAGCAGCUCAUGGACUUGAUUGAAUGCUGAUUGAUUGAAUGCCGUUCAUGUUUGAGCCACAGUGUUUAAAAUCCUAUUUAUUUAAACUAACAAAAGGUGGCCAUUUUGUGACAUGGCCUUGUGUAACUGAAGGAGAAAAAGUUUUGGCCAGAAGCCACGCUAGCAGCCUACUGAAAGAGUGAUGGAUUUAUACACUGGAGUAUUGUAUUAUUCUAGCCUUUCCAUUCAUUGCUCUGAAUAUGUGUAACGCUUUUUGUCUUCCCCUCCCUGACGGGAAACAACACCCUUUCCCUUCAGCCAUGUUUAUAACUAUCUCCUCUGGAAAACACAUGUACUCUGUUAUUAGCCUAUACGUUUUGUAGUGAUAUCUUUUCCUUACUCACUGACCACUGUCCUCUUUGAAACAACAUUGAUUGUGUUCCUCAUAUGUCAUGGAAUACAGAAUGUAGUAUAUACAUGUAUUAGUAAGUGAUGAAGGACCCCUUUGGAUAUUAUUUGGUAUCUGAAUAUCUCAAGUUAACAAAAUACAUAUUCCCAUCUCAAGUUCAGAAUGCACCAUCUCUCUCCAAUACAGAGACCUGGGCCCCUUUUCAGAAAUCGCCUUAGAGUGGGAGUGCUGAUCU